ACGUGUAUUUUCGGAAAAUCCUACUUUCGUUUCGUUCCGAAAUAUUUCAACCCGUGGUAAAAAUCUAAAUAUUAACAGACUUGAGGAUGACAGAUUUGCGAAUGUGCUGCUACUGUCAUCGGAUGGACUCGAACCUGAAACGUUGUAGUCGAUGCUACAGUGUAUAUUAUUGUUCGAAGGGAUGCCAGGCUAUGGACUGGAUAGAACACAAAACCAGCUGCAGUAAAACUGCUUUCGACAUCCAUACUAAAAUGAAAUCGGAAUACUCUGACGCUGAAAAGAAUAUCCGUGCAGAUGGGAAAUUAACAAGCAGGAAAAAAGAUAUGACGGUAGCAGAUGAUGAUGAUAGUUUUGAGGAAAAGGAUAAAGUAAUGAAAAGUGACAUUGAUACGGAGAAAAAUAAAAAUACACCAAACAUCGAAUUAUUCAGGCGCUUGCCAACAACUAAAGACGAUACGGGCAUGGGAUCAUCUGUUGUGGCUGAAAGCGCCGACGGAUUCUAUAACGAUCCGGAACUGUGCAUUGGGACUGCCAGGGAAGCGGAUAAAUCCUCGAGUGGAGCGGAUAGCGGGAAAAAAUCGGUAACAAAUUUGUGUGCGUAUUGUUCGAGGCAAGGGUGUUUUCAGAAAUGUUCACGAUGUAAGGACAAGUUUUACUGUUCAACAAAGUGCCAGAGAAAUGACUGGUCAAGUCACAAAGGCACAUGUGUAAAGAAACUGACCGCAGAAGAAAACAGGAUCAAGAAGUUACAUGAGAAAAUGACGAUAGAUAACGAAAAUCACAGACGCUUUCAAGAAACUGCUGGAGGGCUUAAAAGAGAAAAUAAAGAUGUCUUUACUUCUUUCAUAAAAAAUUAUCAAGGACCAGAUGAACGUAUUUGGGAAAUGUUGACCUUGGAUCAGGCAUUGUAUCUAGCGAAACGUCCAAGUGGCUCGUUGGCCAAAGCUGUUAGGAUGGCGAAAAUAUUCUUUCCUCUUUAUAACAUCGUGACAGACUUUGAUGACGUCCCCUCAGAGUCAGUGUUUCCUUUCUUCCCCUUUAUGGUACCUCCAAGGGGCCGUUAUGUGCUGGUGGCUUUUAUGUACAGGUACCAUGAACAUGUAAUGAGGCAUGGCGUUUAUCUGAAGGAUGCCCAAGACAAGGAGAGUAAGGUGGAGUUUUAUUUUGAUCAUCUUGGGGACAACCCACGUCCAUUCUUCAGUUACUCACAAGUCAAGCCAGGCGGUUACAUCUGUCUGGUAGAUCCCGUCAUGCAUCUGUUUGGGGAUGGUUCGGUUGGAGUUCGAAUUAACAACCCAGAAGAAGUUAAAGUUCUAGACAUUGAAAUGGACAUGAAAUAGAAAUGCAUGUAAAUAAGCAGACAUAGAGAUGUGCAGACGUGACAGAAAUAUUUCAGAUCUUUAGAUAUUUGUAGAAAAGCAUUGUUUAAGAGUAAUACACACUUGUACAUUUUUGCAUUCUUUGAACACUUUUGGAAAUAUCAAAUCUAAACAACAAAUCAUAAAACUAACCCACAUUAUAAUCAUAGGUGCUAGUUAUUGUAUCCAAUGCAGUUCCGUCCAUAAUUGUUACCACCCUUUAUUUGUCGUCAUAUUACAUUGAGAUAUGAUUCAUGAAUGUUUAUGUGAUGAAUACCGUAAAAAGAAUCUCCCCGCAAAAUGCAUUUAAAUAUAUGUCCCCAACUGGUUUUACAUGCAUACGAGCUGUUUACGCUAAUGCUAUGUAUAUGUAGCCAUUUCAUGCGUUUAUAUGUAAUAUUUAUAAGCGACUCCUUUUUAGCUCAAAUAUUCGAAGAAUAUGCGGAGCUCAUGCAUUUACACUUUCAUCGGCGUCCAUAUACCCAUUACUUAAGUUUUUGCAUGUUAGACCGCUAAUUUGGAUGGAUUUAAUAAAUUUCUUACAAUAGUCCACUGUGGUGAUCAGACAUGCUAUCAAGUUUCAUAACUUCUACAGUUAAACCCAUUUUCGGCUUGUCAAUAUUGGUUAAGUUUUGUAUGUGGCAUUUCAGUAACUUCAUGUGGUAAUUGACAGAAGUUUCACACGCUUCACUUUGAUGAGCUGACAUGAAAUGCACAGAUUCAAUAUCUUUCUUUUAGAUGGACGAAGUUUGGACUCGAUAUCUCUGUAACCACUAAGUAGAUUCAAAAUUCAUAUACUUGAAUGAUGUCAGUUGCACAGUUUUUAGCUCUGUUAAUCACAAAUCAUGAAUUGUAAAAGUAAAUAUUAUUCUUGUUGCUCUGCCUUCUGCAGUCAUUUGGUUCGUAAGGGUAUCUUUUUAUAAGUGCCCUUACCAAAACUUCUAACGACGCACUCGAUAUUUGACAGUAUCUUUCGGUCGAGGGUUUGCGCCAGCACAUGCUAUGUACCAAAAUUUAUGUUUUUCAUUUAUUUUUCAUUUUCUAACCAUGCUUUUCAGCUGCACAUUUUGCUAUAAUCAGUUUAAUUAUGCCAUCAAUAAAGAUCAAACCAGAUAUAAUUGAAAUAUGAUUGACAUCCUCUACCAGAAACAGCUUUUUUUCACAUAGCCUGUAACAAUUGACAGUAUACUUGUUUUUAAUUGAACCAAAACAUUCUAUACGUAAAGAAGACAUUUUUGACAGGCAUCAUAACAACGAAAGUAAACGUCAAAAAGAACAAGCCUUGAAUGAAGAGUUGACGAAACAUCCGUGCAGGCUGAUCAUGGUCUGCAUUAAUCACAUACCAGAUAAAAGGAAUGCCAAAACCUUCCAUUUGAAGAUAGCUCUUUUUAGCAGAGCGUUUACUGAAUAACAUUUUAUAAUUUAUCGUUUUCCAGACAGAUAUUCAUGGAAAUAUUUUCAAUGUUAUUUCAUUGGCAGUUAAAUUUCAAUUCAGUCUAAUCUUGCAGUGUCAGAUUAUGUCAUUGUUUUUAUUAUUAAGUGCUGAUAAAGGACUAUAAAGUUUC